CUGCGGGUGCGCGGGCAGCGCGCUCCCGCCGCCCGCGUCGCCAUCUUUUCCCCCUCUUGUCUGUCUGUCUGCCGGUGCUUUGUCCGUCUGCAGCGCCGCCCCUCAGCUAUCUGCCACCAGCUCGGCCCGGAGCCGCCCUCCGGGGCCCUGUCACGGAGAGGCGCGGUCUGGCUGGGCCUGAGCUGCGGCCCGGGGCCCAUUGUCCCGCGGUCUGUCUGUCCGGAGGCGGGGCCCAGGGGCCUAAAGCGCAGCGGAGCGCCGAGGCGUCGGAUAAAAUCACUUGGAUUCAGGCGAGUUUGCUUCGCUCCGUGGGAACCGCACCAGAGCUGGAGGUCAGCACCUUGCAAGAAGAUAGUAACAUAUCCAGUCGUGAAACUGGGAAAGGCCAGAGCUCUUCGAUCAGGGAAACAUGUCCCGUCGGAAACAGACAAAUCCAAAUAAAGUUCAUUGGGAUCAAGUAUUUGCUGGGCUAGAAGAGCAAGCCCGCCAGGCGAUGAUGAAAACUGAUUUUCCUGGAGACCUUGGCAGUCAGCGACAAGCUAUCCAACAACUAAGAGAUCAGGACUCCAGUAGCAGUGACAGUGAGGGUGAUGAAGAGGAAACCACCCAAGAUGAAGUCUCUUCCCACACAUCAGAGGAAGAUGGAGGGCUGGUCAAAGUGGAAAAAGAGUUAGAAAACGCAGAGCAGCCUGUUGGUGUGAACGAAGUGGUGGAGCAUGAGGUCACAGAGAAUUUGAAUUCUGACCCGUUGCUUGAACUCUGCCAGUGUCCCCUCUGCCAGCUAGACUGUGGGAGUCGGGAGCAGCUGAUCGCGCACGUGUAUCAGCACACUGCAGCAGUGGUGAGCGCCAAGAGCUACAUGUGUCCUGUCUGUGGCCGGGCCCUUAGCUCCCCCGGGUCAUUGGGCCGCCACCUCCUAAUCCACUCCGAAGACCAGAGGUCUAACUGUGCUGUGUGUGGAGCCCGUUUCACCAGCCAUGCCACCUUUAACAGUGAGAAACUUCCUGAAGUACUUAAUAUGGAAUCCCUACCACCAACCAAUGAGGGCCCCUCCAGUGCUGAGGGUAAGGACAUUGCCUUUAAUCCUCUAGUGUACCCUGCGGGAAUUCUGCUUGUGUGCAACAACUGUGCUGCCUACCGCAAGCUACUGGAAGCUCAGACCCCCAGCGUACGUAAGUGGGCCCUACGUCGACAGAACGAGCCUUUAGAAGUACGGCUACAGCGGCUGGAACGAGAGCGUACGGCCAAGAAGAGCCGGCGGGACAAUGAGACCCCCGAGGAGCGGGAGGUGAGGCGCAUGAGGGACCGCGAAGCCAAGCGCUUACAGCGCAUGCAGGAGACAGAUGAGCAGCGGGCUCGCCGGCUGCAGAGGGAUCGGGAGGCCAUGAGGCUAAAGCGGGCCAAUGAAACCCCAGAGAAGCGGCAGGCCCGGCUCAUCCGGGAGCGGGAGGCCAAACGGCUCAAGAGGCGGCUGGAAAAAAUGGACAUGAUGUUGCGAGCUCAGUUUGGCCAGGACCCUUCUGCCAUGGCAGCCUUAGCAGCUGAAAUGAACUUCUUCCAGCUGCCUGUGAGUGGGGUGGAGUUGGACAGCCAGCUCCUGGGCAAGAUGGCCUUUGAAGAGCAGAGCAACAGCUCCCUGCACUGAACCACAGUCUCCCGCCUGACCAUCUACCCACUCAUGCCACAAGGAUCAGUGCGGCAGCCACUCACAAGGCUCCGCCCUUACUGCCAGAGGCAGAACCAGGGGUGUAGCAGGUGGACCGCACACUUCUUGCAUGUGGGAGCACGUGAUGGGAUCAGGAGGGACCCCGCUCAGAGCAGCUCUGGGAAGGGAAGCAGGUGUUCCAGGAACCUGGACUCCCCAAUCCACUGCUGUAGGGCAUGCUGAUAGCAAUGUAGGGGGACCUUGGUUGGCCCACGAAGUUGUGAGGGCAAAUAAAUUAAAUUUUAUCUUUAUUG